GUCAGAAAUACGUAUUCGGAACUGGAUACGAGUUUGUCGGGUAUUUUUUUUUUGGGAUUUUCGUGAUUGUCGCAGCAUUGUCACAUUGUAACACUCUAGGCAAUUUACGAUAAAUUCUUAUAACUAAUAUAAAAUCGUAAGAUGCUGUCACAGUCAAUUUUAACAGGUGUACGCGUCCUGCGCACUGAAGCCCGUCGCAACAUUGCCAUAGUCGCACCAGCGCUAAAUAAGGCAUCCGAUCCCAUUCAGCAGUUGUUUUUAGACAAAGUUAGGGAAUAUAAGCAAAAGAGCGCUGGCGGAAAACUGGUAGAUUCCAAUCCAGAUAUCGAGCGCGAAUUAAAAAAUGAGCUGGAGCGCGUAGCCAAGCAGUAUGGAAGUGAUGGCAAGACCGAUAUGCUGAAAUUCCCCGACUUCAAGUUCCCCGACGUCAAGAUCGAUCCCAUUACACAAGGCGCCAACUGAACAGCAAAAAUCAAUUUUUUUGUUGUCAUAUAAUAAAUUGUUUGAAAUAGAAGAUGCUUCUAUGAUGAACCCCAGUCAAAAGAACUGUCAAAAUAAAACAUAAAAACUAGAUUGGUGAGACAAAAA